UCCUUCAUCGGCAAGUCACGUUGCUAUCCCUCUCUCUCUCUCAAACGAUUCAAAUUAGAAAUAAUGGAGGGAAAUUAAAUUAGUUCAUUUCUAUUACUAUACAAUCGCAUGAACCAGAGAAGAAGCACCUGAAUCACACACAACCUCAUCAAUGGCCGAAUUCUUAAGCCCUAAUCCAACGACGGGCCAAAAAAAGAGGGUUCCCGUGUCCGCUCGUAUCCAAUCUCCCACCACCACUUUCUUCGUGGGCUCCAACGACGACCAGCUCGAACGGGCCCAAGCCCGCGCGGCCCGCGCCGCUGCCAUCCGCCGCAAGGCCCUUGCCGCCAACUUCCACUCCCAACGCCCCGAUUCUCAUCCCUGUCUAAACAAACAACAGAUUAUCGCUUUGUUCCACAACUGCAUUAAGCUUGCCUCCGAAAAUAAAAUUAAUCAGAAAAACACAUGGGAGUUGGAUUUGAUUGAUCACCUCACUCAUAUUAUUAGGGCCGACGAAGGGGAUCACGUGGAGACUAAUUUUCAAAUAGCAAGCUGUACACUUGAGGCUGGUGUCAAAAUUUAUUCCUUAAGGGUGGAUUCGGUGCAUUCCGAGGCGUAUAAAGUCCUAGCUAGAAUGAAUAGAGCAGGCCAAGAUACUGAAGACUCUACUCUAGGGAGUAUUAAUACUGAAGGUGGACAAAGAAGCAGCAGGAAGGAAAUUGACAAAAAGUUGUCACCUUUGUCAACGUUGGAAUCAUCUUUUGAGGUUCUUAAUGUAAAGAAGUUUGACGUUGCAUUUGCCAUUGAUCCACUCUAUCGCCAGACAUCAGCACAAUUUGAUGAAGGUGGAGCUAAAGGCCUUUUGAUGAAUAAUCUCGGUGUAUAUGGUAGAUGUAGGGUACUCUUUGAUUCACUAGAAGUUCCAGGGAAGUGCAUAGCCAGUCAAAAUGAACAUGAUAUUUCAGAUACAAUUGAUCUUUCUUUUGCCAGAGAUUGUGUUGAACAGAUGCUAUUGAACAUGCAUACGAAGGAUGAAAUAUCUCCAACUCUCAGGUUGAUAGUAAAUCAAUUUGAAGAAAAUAAUAGAAGGCCUUCUGAUUUUCAAUUUUCUGGCCAGAAAUCAGCUGAAGAGUUUAAUUCAGCUAUUGAUUGUGAACUUGCCACUGAAAAAGAAAAAUAUGAGAACUGCCCAUCCCUUAGCGAUGAUCAUGCUAGCCAAACAUUUAUUGCUGAAUGUGGUUCUGAUGAUGCAGACCCAAGUUUUCAUAGUUUCCAUCAGGAAAAAGAACAUUUUCAUUCCCAAGACCCUGAUACAGACGACGUUUUUGAAAAUGUUGAUGAGUAUUUAUUUUUUAGUCUGGGUUUUAGGUCAAAGAAAAAUGCAUGGGCAGGCCCUGAUUAUUGGAAGUAUCGAAAAGCUGAAGGCUCAGAAUCAGAGGUUCAUCGUACUUCUGAGGAUGGAUUGAUCCAGAAAACCAUGCAACAAAGGACAAAGAGACAUGCCGAAGUUGAUUUAGAUUUCACAAGUUUUGUUGAAAAAAAAAUACCAUACAUCUUUUCUCCUCCCAGGAAUCCCAAAUCAUUACAGCUCCCUGAAAAUAUACCACCUUGUGUUACAAAACUUCCAGAGGAUUGCCACUAUGAACCAGAGGAGCUGGUCAAGUUGUUUCUCUUGCCGUAUGUAAAGUGUAUUAGGAGGUCGAGAAAGUUCUCAGGUGUAUUUGCGGAUGUAUCAGGAGAUCAAUGCAAUGACUAUGAAUCAUUCCCUUCCUGGGAUAAUGGAAGUGUUUGUGAUGGUGAUGUUACUGAUGAACAUAGUGACGUGGAUGAUUCUAGUACAUUAGUCUCUCAGCCUCGUCAGAUCAAUAAAAUUGAAGUCCAGUAUGACAAAACAUCCAAACAAGUCAAUGUUCAGGCUUUGAAAAUAACACUUUGGGACCAUAUUCAAGAAUCUACACAACUUCCUUUUCAGGGACAAAAAGAAAUGGUAUCUUUCAGGCAUAUAUUGGCCAACUUUCCAAGUAAGUUCAAUGCUGCUGCAACUAUUAGUGACAUAUCUCCGCACCUGUGUUUCAUAUGCCUAUUGCAUUUGGCUAAUGAGAGAGGGUUGAACAUCCAAAGCUGCCCCAACUUGGAUGAUCUUGGCAUAUGCCUACCUGAUGAUGGUGCCACUAACACCGGAACAGUUUAGAGACUGCCUCACUCGAUUAAUCUUUACUUCAGGAAAUAGGAAAUAUUUUGACAAGUCUUUAUGUGCAGUUCUCUUGCUUGCUCUGAUGGUUUUAUUUGUUUGCAGAAAAUACUGCAUUUAUUCUUUUUGGUUCAUAGGCGAGACCUCGCUAGCGAACUUCUACCGGUGUGUUUGGAAAAAAACGUUGGGUUGUACAUAACCCAUGUUUUUUCCAAUCCAGUGAUAUUAUUACUUUCCAUUCGAAGCAUUGGAACAUGCAGACAGAAGUUCGGGGUCUUGUAAAAUGGAAAUUAGACACACUACAUUAUUUUUAGGAUAUUAGAUAUUCAGAAAAUUGUAAAUAGCAGAUUUUGGAUG